GUCUGGAGAUUUUGAGAGUUCGAGUCGUGGUCUUCGAGCAUAGCUUUUGGAUCGUGACAUUUGAAGCAGCCUUGCUCUGCACAACAAGUGCUAGCAUUCGAGGGGCUCGUCACAAGUUUCAGACGUGAUUUCAGAUUCGAAAUAGUCAUCGAAUCGAUCGUAGAAGACUGAACUCCUCAUCGUCAAUUCCUUUGGAAGCAAUUGCGACUCCAGGGCAAUCCGAUGGAUGGCCAGGUGGAGCAGUGCAGAAUCCUGAAGCAGGUAGCAGCAGAGCUGCUGGCCUGCAAGAAGCGUGGAGCCAGCGACGAAGAGACGCAUGUCGUCUUAAUGAAGGGGCUGGUCUCCCUCACGCAGAUCAAAGCUGCAAAUCGAACUCUGUGCGAAGAGACUGAGCGGGUGCGGGAGUCCACAGCAGAGGCCAAGGCACAGUUUGAUGCCGCCGAGCUGUCACUGCAAAAUCUGCUGUAUGAGAAGGGCCACUACCUGAAGGAGAUCCGGGCAUGCCAGUCCUUCAGGUCGAAGUACACAGACGAGGACAUCGGCCUCAUGCACGAGGAGGAGUUCCUCACAUCAGCUACGGAGCAGUUCAAGGUGAAGAUCGACGACCCCCACGUGCGCAUGCUGCAGCGGCUGGACCACGAGAAGCACGAGCGCGGAGAGGCGCUCAAAAAGGUUGAAGCGCUGAGGACUCGCCGAGAUGCGCUGGCCGCGUCGGUGGCCGCCAAGCGCGCGUUCCUGACAGCACUGGAGGAGCAAUUCGUGGCGAUCCGUAGCACAGCAGAACCGGUGCGAGCCAAGCUCGGCAUUCCGCUCAUGCGGCGACCGCCGGGGCAGGCACGCUGUGCAGAACUGCUCCCGCUGCCGCUGUACGUUGCCUAUGUGCAGCUGGCGGCCACGCAGGAGGCGUUUGACCUGCCUGCUGACGUUUCCAUCACUGGAUCACUGGCGGAGGCUGAGGCGCUGGCGGGUGCCUCGGGGGACGGCUCAGCAGCAGAGGCAGAGGGGAUGGAGGUUGACGAGGAAGGCGAGGACGCUGAGCUGGACGCUGAGCUGGAGCCUGGCGAGCACCGGCCGGCCAAGCGGCCGCGCUCGGCAGGAACGGCGCGCGAUCAGGCGCACCCACUGAUAGUGACGGCCAAGGUAGGCGCGGAAUCUGCCGGAAGCAGCCGCCCGGUGACACUCCGGCUGCGGUACGUGCCACGGCUGAAGUUAGUCACUGCCGACUGCGCCGACUCAGCUGACUCAGCACGGCUGGCGUGCCUGUUUGAUGGCGAUGACGGCCUGACGGUGCCCACAGAAGCUGCCCACCUGGCCGCUGAUGGGCAGCUCUCCUGGGAAACCACCCGCUCAGACCGCCCCUACAGGUGGGCGCAGGACCUUGCUGGCCUCGACUCCCUGCCUCCUUUGGAUGCGCUUGGCUCUGCAGCGGACGGUGCAGCUCUGCAAGUCGAGAGACUGCCUCAGCUGCGGCGCAAGGCGAAUGCACAGGCUGUUCUGGAGCGGCUGAGUGCGCUGAGGGGAUGA